AUGAGAUUCAAAAAUCGUGAACAAGCGGGAAAAAUGCUCGCAGAUCGUUUAAUCAACAAAUAUAAUAAUGCCAGCAAAGAUUUUAUCGUAUUGGCUUUACCAAGUUUUAAACGUGAAUUAGAGUUGAGUAGGCGGGUGAAGCAGCUGUCAGAAGAAAAAUUGGAAAAAAUUGUCAAAGAUGAAAAGGUGAAAUGUAUAGAUGAUUGUGAUAUAAGGAAAUAUAUAUUGGUUGGUAAUCAAUACGAAACUGCUCGUAAAAAAAUGAGACUUUUGGAAUAUGAUGCAGAAUUGGAGGGAUCUGAUGAAGAUGAAAAUAAAGUAUUGAGUGAUUUGGAGAUUUCAGAAAACAAUAUUUCAGACGAUUUAAAUGUUGAGAAUACUAGUAAAAACAAUGUAGAAAAUACUAAAGAUAUUCAAAAUAUUAAGGCUAAUACUCACAUUAAAGAUAUUGGAAAUGUUAAAGAUACUGAAAAUACUAAAGAUAUUGAGAUUAAUGCAAGUAUUAAAGAUAUUGGAAAUGUUGAAGAUACUAAAAAUACUAAAAAUGUUGAGAUUAAUACAAGUACUGAAGAUAUUGUAAAUGUUGAAGAUACUAACAAUACCAAAGAUAUUGGAGAUAUUGAAGUUCAUAUAAGUUCUGAAGAUGUUGGAAAUGUUGAAGAUAUCCAAAAUACUAAAGAUGUUGAAGAUAUUGAGGUUAAUACAAGUAUUGAAGAUGUUGGAAAUGUUGAAGAUACUAGGGACAUUAUUGGAAAUACUCAAGAUAUGGAAUACAUUGAUGUUAACACAGAUGCUGAAGAUCUUGCAGAUACUGAAGAUUUUAUUGGAAAUACUCAAGAUAUGAAAAAUAUAGAAGAUUAUUUGGAUGAAUCAAAUUCAUCAUUGUCACCCUCAACUAAUCACAUCGAGGAAAUAAAUGAUGAUAAUUAA